CAGCGAACAUCAACAAGCGCUGCAUUCAUGAAAGAGGAGCCUCUGGCUGGUCUGGGGUCAGUUCGCCCCUGGUUGCAGUCAACUGGACUGGUAGAUGCCAAUGUUCCUGCACAAAGGGGUGUAGGUCUCGUCCGGGCGCACUUCGAGAAACAACCGCCUGCCAACCUGCGCAAGUCAAACUUCUUUCACUUUGUCUUGGGGCUGUAUGACAGUGGGGGUCAGUCUGUGGAAAUAGAGUGCACUGCGUUUGUGGGCUUUGUAGAAAAGGAGACGGAGCCAGUAAAUGAAAAAACAAACAAUGGAAUCCAUUACAAACUCCAGUUAAUGUACAACAAUGGAGUCAGAACAGAGCAAGAUCUGUACAUUCGUUUGAUAGACUCUGUCACCAAACAGGCAAUUGUUUUUGAAGGUCAAGAUAAAAAUCCUGAAAUGUGCCGUGUUCUUCUUACACACGAGACAAUGUGCAGUCGAUGCUGUGAUAAGAAAAGUUGUGGAAACAGAAAUGAGACGCCAUCAGACCCUGUCAUUAUUGACAGGUUCUUCCUGAAAUUUUUUCUCAAAUGUAAUCAAAAUUGCCUGAAGAACGCAGGGAACCCACGAGACUCACGUCGUUUCCAGGUACUGGUCUCUACCACAGCCUCCGUUAAGGGCCAUCUUCUAGCCAUUUCUGAUAACAUCUUUGUCCAUAACAAUUCAAAGCAUGGCAGAAGAACAAGACAACUGGAUUUGAUUGAAGCUGAAGUCCCCUGCAUUAAGGCAAUCAGUCCAAGUCAGGGUUGGACGGCAGGUGGAGCAUCAGUAAUUGUUAUUGGAGAUCAGUUCUUCGACGGCCUGCAGGUGGUUUUCGGGACAAUGGUGGUCUGGAGUGAGGUGAUCACACCACAUGCCAUUCGUGUAAAGACUCCACCUCAUCACAUUCCUGGUGUUGUAGAAGUCACACUGUCCUACAAAUCUAAACAGUUCUUCAGGGGAGCUCCAGGACGCUUCGUUUACACUGCAUUAAAUGAGCCAUCAAUUGACUAUGGGUUCCAGCGCCUGCAAAAAGUAAUUCCUUGUCAUGCAGGUGAUGUGGACAAGCUGCCAAAGGAGGUAUUGCUGCAGAGAGCUGCUGACCUCAUAGAGAUGUUUUAUGGAACGCCUCAUAACAAGGUAAACAUGAUUCUAAAGCGUGCAUCUGACAUAGCAGAGGCCCUCCACGGCAUCCCUCGAAACACAAACCCCUCCCACUCGAACACACACAGCAUAGUGGGGGUUCACUUCUUUGAUGGACAGUUACCAGUGAACAGUGAGGUUUCACAGGAAGUAGAACGAGGUAGUUUCAGUCUGACUUUAAUCAGUGGCUUCAUUCCAGGAAGCACAUCUCAACAGUUUGAUUUCAACAAUGGCAACAUCAUCAUGAAUGGACACACAAGCACUCCCUCAUCCAUGCAUGAGCACACACAACCAUGUGCACGUCGCUCUAUGCCGAACUUAUCCCUGGCUGCCACACAGGGGUUCUUAGACAGUUCCACAUCCGACAUGCAACACUAUAUCGUGAAGCAAAAAAGUGCAUUCGCUCCUGUUCUGAAGCUGCAGUCCUCUCCAACACAAGUUAAAAUCAUUCCCAUCCAUACACCUUCCAUGGACUAA